AUGUCCCUGUACCCCAACUACGGGCGUCUGCAUACCCACUGGUGCGACCGUAACGGGAUCAAAAAGCCCAAGCGGUACUCGCGCCGCUGCCGCCAGCAGUACUACUUCUGGUGCACUUGCCGCAAGCACCUCACUCUGCUCACUGCAGACGCCAUUCUCUCAAGUUCUACCCCGGCAAGAAAACCAAACGAGUGCGCGUCCUCUGAGCCAGUCCCCAAUCUGCACGAUUUCAGGGCCAGGGACCCGCUGCGGUGCUGGACUUACAAUGCAGAGGGCUCUGACCUGGAGGAGCUGGCCGCCAAAAUGCUCGCCAGCCUUUUCAAGUACCCCAACCUGGUCUACAUGCGCGAGGUCAAGGUAUCACACCGCCUUGAUCUCCACGCGGGCGCACUGGACCUUGACCAGGUGCUGCGAGGAAAGUUGGGGGCCACAGAUUUCCUGAUAGUGCACAAGGGGUGCAUGCUGGCGGUGGAGAUCGACGGCGAGCAGCACCUGGAGAAGCCCUACAAUAACCAGCCGCAGCUGGACGCUGCCAAGGACGAGGCCUACUGGGAGGCCGGCAUCAACCUGCUCCGCGUGCACCACAAGUACUGCAAAUUCUCCCCACAAUGA